AUGGUUGAAUCAACAAGAGCGACGAAGAGCAGCGCGAAGAACAUGAAUAAGAACGCAUCCACCAACAAAGAUAGACAAGACGAUCAAGCGGCAGGAGAAUGUAGAGGAGAAGAGACGUUGAUAACUGGACCAGAACCUGUCGAGAAGAGCACUGGCGGUGACCUCGAUUUUGAGGAAGAUGAUAUCGUCGAAUCCAAUCUCAAAGGAAAUACUCCUAUGGAAGAAGAGCCUGAGUUUGUUGACUUAAUAAAGGCGAUGCCGAUCGUUGAAAAGGCGAACACAGAUGCGAAGUCGAUCCUUAUAGAACAAGCGAUUGCUGCGUUGAAUGCCGGUAACACGUCCGUGGCGUCAGUCUUGAUGAAAGCAGCGAACGAGAUCAAAUUGAACAAGUCUCGAGUCUCUGGAUUAGAAAGCGCUGCAGAAGACUCUCAAGAUGGUGGCUUAAUAUAUGCCGAUAGAAUUGCCGCCCGUGGUUAUGAGCCGAUCAAGUUCAAAAGGAAUUUACCGAUUAGGGGACCGUCUGGAAGCUUCAUCAUCUCAGGAGUGUUCGUGACCUGUUUGUAUGGAUUCUAUCGCUACGGCCAAGGAAACGUAGAGAAACGGUGA